AACAGUACGUGUAUUCAGUACUGGACUAACCGAAACAUUUCUUCCUUCCGUAUACAGAUGCGGUAGCAGAGAUGCUUGCCCGUGCAUUAUCGCGCCCGGGGCGCCUCCUCAUUGUAGUCCUGGUCGUUUACGGCUUCAUGUGGAUCAAAGGAUGGCCGCGAUACUACGACGAUGAAGAACUACCACCCAGCUUGCGACCGCAGAAAGGGAGUUCACUGGGCCCGCACCGCGUGGGCCACGACCACCUCGUCGUAUCGAUCUCGACGACCGCGACCGACGUAUACACCAAACUUGCGCCGUCGUUGGGAUACAUGUUCCCGGAGGACUGGGACCCGACCCUUAUAUUUGGCGACUUGCAGAUGAAUGUGGGCGUAUGGCCCAUCUUCGAUGUACUGUUUGGAUACCCGAGAGACUUCCUUGUUGCAAACAAAGAGCUGGAGAGAUACAGGCAGCAAAUUGACUUUGCGCGGAGGAGCAUACCGUUGCAGUAUACAAGGAAGCGCGAUCCGGCAGAGGAGGCAGAAGUGCAGUUGGCACUGAACAAGUACAAGAUCCUGCAGGCCAUGGGGCGAGCCUGGGACUACAGGCCGGACCGCAGCUGGUACGCAUUCGUCGACGACGACACCUUUGUCGAGCGCGUCAACACGCUCGACUGGCUGGCCCAAUACAAUCCCAAGUCGAAAUGGUUCUUCGGCAAUCCCCCGGUAUCAGGUGUACCAGACGGUUUUGCAGCAGGAGGCAACUCGUUCAUCCUCUCCUUGGGCGCCAUGAAAGAGCUCUUCAAGGAGCGAGGCCACGUCGUCAAGAGCUGGCAGUCACACAUCAUCACGUACCCAUCGGCCUUCGAUCUCAUCACCGCCGUAUUGAAGGCCGAGCUCAACCUCAGCCUAACAGCCGCCUGGCCCGGCAUCUCCGGCUUUGAUCCAAGCACCGUCCCAUUCUCGCCCGCGCUAUGGUGCGAGCGCGUCCUCAUGAUGCAUCGCGUUCCGCACGACCUCAAUUCCGAUCUCUUCCUCAUGCGCAAGAACAGAACGGAUCAUCAUAUUGAUAAACCACUAUUAUACGCAGACUUGUGGGAACGUUUCAUGGCUCCCGAAGACAUGCGCGCCAACCGCUCGGACUGGGACAAUCUAUCCUCCGACUCCAGCAACGCGCGCUGGAACAUACUCUUCGAGUCCGACGACCCCAAUGACGGCCACGCACCCAACGGCGAAGCGAAUCCCGAAGCCUGCGAGGCCAGCUGCGACAAGAGCGAAUACUGCAUGCAGUGGAGUUAUUCGUCCAUAAAGAUGAAGAACUGGAAUGAGAAUGGAGAGACAAAGUGCCACUUGAGCAGCAGCAUGAGAUUUGGCAGGUUUGCACCACCCCAGGAGAUUGAAAUCGAUGAUGGGAAGGGCAGGGAUACAGUGAUGUGGAGGAGUGGGUGGAGGAAGGGGGUUUUCGCCGAUUGGGCGAGACACCAGAGGUGCAAGAAUCCGGCGCACUAA